CGCGGAGCGGCAUGGCGGCGGGCGGGCGGCCGCCGGGCCUCUGGGAGAGGGUGUGCGCAGAGUAUGAAGCAGAACAGCCUCAAUUUCCAGAUGUUCCUGAAUCAAAACGUGGAUCUGUGUCUUUGGAAGCAGGAAUAUUGCAGCCAUUACAUAUGGAACAAUUUUAUUCAGACCCUGCAGCUGACACUGUUAUCCAACAGUCACUUCCCAUACCUGAGGCAGCCCCCGUUUCAGAACCACCUGAUCCAAAAACAUGUUCUCCUCGAGAAUACUUAGAGUAUUACAUAUUUCCAGUACUCUUACCUGGAAUGGCUGAACUUCUGCAUCAAGCAAAGAAGGAAAAGUGUUUCGAGAGAAAAAGGACCAAAUUUAUUGCCUGUGAUUUCCUAACUGAGUGGUUAUACAACAAGAACCCAAAGAGGAAAGAUGAGUCAUUCACAGAAUUCUUUUCCAUUCCUUUUGUUACCGACUGGCUAAAGGACCAUCCUAGGCCACCAAUUCCUCUCUCUCUCCUUCUAUCAGAAGAAGAAGCAAGCAUAGUAAUUCAGUCCUUCUGGAGAGGUUAUCGGGUCCGCUGUGAUAGUGAAGUACAAGAGCUACGUCAGUGGCAAAAGCAGUUGAGAGAGGACAAAAACAUUUUUAAGAGAGUGAAAGAAUUCUGGACUAAGCAGGAAGCCAAAGUGGGAAGCAAAGCGGAAGACUUGGAAAAACAUACACAAAAACAUUCAACAUCUCGAUUUUAGUUUUCUCACCAGUAUCACGAAACACAGAGCUCAUGCACUAAACUUUGUGGUACUGAUUUAGAAACACUCUUAGCAUUACAGUUUUACAUGUGAGGUGUUGUAAAUCAAAGGGAGAUUAUGUAAGGACCCAGCAUGCCAAGACGAAAUUCAGUCCUAGUGUAAGUGAGCACAAUUCUGUUAAAACAGACAGAAUUGUGCACAUUUAGCCAAAAAUUUUGAGUCUAUGUUUAUCUUGUGUUCCUGAAUGCUCACUUGCAAGCUUUUCCGAUAGGGACAAAACUCUCGACGAAAUAAAUGGGGUUACACUCACAUGUAGGCAAGUGGUAAAACUAAGGGAAAAAUCUUCAUUUACUAUAAACUGGAGUAGCUUCACUGACUUCUGCAGAGCUGUGACAAUUUACAUGAAUCCAGGCUCUGUUCAUAAUGGUCUAAUUUUCAGAAACACUCUGCCUCUGCAAUUCCAACUGAAGGCAAUGAAAGCUAGGGUUGCUCUGCAUUUCUGCAGCGGAAAAAUUCAAAGGCCCUUUUGUUAUCAUUUAGCACAUGUGCUUAGAAAGUGUAAAAAAAUUAAGAUCACAGUGAUAGCAUUUUCAGCAAUCUUGUGUAUGUGUACUUACUUACAUAAGGUGCAAGCAGAAUAAAAAUCAGAUUGGGCCCCCUGCUAAGGAGCCCUUGUUAUUUUUUUAACUCAGUCUUGUCAAGCAGAGUCUUAUUUAGGCCUUUAUAAUUUCACAAUUAGAGAAGAUACUUGCAGUUCUACUACUAACUCCCUACAAGUCAAACAAAGGUCUACUUGUUUUGAAUGAAAGCAUGAUAAAACACAGAUACCCUCUAACUCUUGCUGUGGUUCAACGUAGAUUUCUUCCAUCGCUUACACAGACUUUGUCUUCACUGUUACACCAGUAUCCACCCCGUGUUUUUUUCCUGGUUGGUGAUGCUGGCUGUUGCAUCAGAUCAGGAAAAUCAAACCAUUUGAAGAAAAAAUUAUCAACCUGCAUUCUUCAACCCCAGCUGUAUGAUCCUAUCCCCUCCUUUUCACAAGCACUAGCAAUUGAGCCAGUACAGGAAACUGCUGAGCCAACUGGAAAAAAAGAUACCACUUGUACUGUUAAGAGUUUGCCUGCUCAGCUCCUUGACUGGCUCACUGUGGAUUUGAUAGGUGCCAGAGCUAAGGGUAAAUGUGAGAAUGUGGCCAAAGAUGAAGGAAUGUGGCCCUAGCUUCUAGGAGCUGGUUUCCUUUAGUUUAACUCAUAUUGCAGAAUUGCACCCACUGUAUCACCACAGGACAAUGCUGUCUGUAGCACCAUUAGUUCACUGUAAUGGAAAAAUUUUAGGUGGAUUUUAACACCAAGUUAACACAAACAUUGUAAGUAAAUAGUAAAGCCUUUAUUCUCGUUAAGAACAGCAUUUUGAAAAUAAAACAUUUGCCCAUGCUUUACAACCUCUGUAGUUUUGUAUACUUAUGUACAGUCAUCGUGGUACACAUUGAUUGUCUUGAAAAUCCUUUAAAGAUGUACUUAAUAAGAUACCAGUAUGCAACAAUCAGCGGAAAAAAGGGUACGUUAUAAAACACACAUUAAUACAUUUAAUAAAUAUAUAUUAUCUAUCAAAAAUGAGCUUUAGCUCUCAUCAAUUAAUAAAAAGCACCUGCUUUGUAAUCCUGUAAGUUGGUAGAAUAGUCCAAUUGUUUUAUUAUAAAAGCUACAAUGCUCCCUUUUGCAUGGCCUUUGGUUUGACCUAAGGCAUCAAGCUCAAAGCAAGCCAACCAAGAUGCCUGUGUUUAGACUAAAACCAGAAACAUCUAGUUCUAUAGUAUUUCACGUACCUUGUUUAUAGAAACAACUGUAUGUAUUGAGAGUGUUCUUCUGAAGAUGCUACAUAUUUUCUGGCAAGUGUCAAACACCCUCAACUCAUCUGAAAGCAGGAUUUGUAAAGUAUGGCUUUGAACUUUUUUCCAGCCAUUGAUCAAAAGCCAGUUAUUAUAAAUCUUGUUUUGGUAAUAGUUUUUUCAGAUGCUUUACAAUUUCAUUUUUCUGUAUGGAAACACCAUGAGCACAUAACCAUCAAGGGACAACAUAGUAGCUUUUAUAGUGUAAAAGCUAAUUAUAAUUAACUGAACUGCGAAAGGCUUGUGCUUACUUACGUAUUAUGUUGUUCACAGAUGCUCUACAUUCUAGAUAACUUUCAUAAAAGGCAAAAGUAAACAAUUUGUUUACUGUAACAAAAAUAUAAGUUAACAUAAAGGUGCCUUUCUUCAAUUACAGUUUUAUUUAGGGCAUUUUACAUCACA